CAUCCCCCAGAAAUUGAAGCCAAAAUACUCAGUCACAACAUGCAAGGCAACCUCAACAACCCAAUUGCUGCUGUUGCAUUUGUGCUUCCGUAGCUGUCAACGCGGUUGGAAGCAACUGAUCCCGGAUUUCAUCUCUGCCAAUCGUCCGCUUAUUUGGGAGCGAGGAGGUUUUCAGACUUGUCAUCCAUCUUCUUCCAUAUAUAUAUAUAUAUAUACAUAUUUUGUUCUUUUCCCCCCUGCCUUACAAACAUUGUCUCCGUACCAUUUCGGAAGGGAAGGCUGCUCGAAAUAGUUGCAAGAAAAUUGUACUAAAGGCUUCCGCAGCAUUUACCUCUUGGAUUCUCCUUGUAGAAGACAAGAUUUCACCUUCCGGCGCAGGUGCUCUAUCGCCGAGAUAGGAAAAUGUGCUUCAUUCUGUUUCUGAUUUUGUGUGAACAGAGAAGCAGGCAACUGAUGCAAGCCUGGCAAAGUCGUGGUUCAGUUGUGAGAAGUAGACGGGAGUGUUGUUAGAGUUUAGAGGUGAAUUUCAAUCACUCUGCAGCUUCUUGCUUUGAGUUCAAGUUUUCGUCGAUCGUUAUCCACUUGAAGCCUAGCGAACCGUGACGAAAUUCCCAUCUCUCAUAUAUUAACUCUAGGCUAUGAUACGUUUUAGAAGAGUGCACUCUAUCCGUGUUUAAUAUGGAUUUGUAUUUGUGAAAGAUGUAGUUGGCUGUCUUCGUUCCGCGAUUUUGCGACUAACUUCCAUCCCAGGCUAGACGUUGAAGAUAAGAAUCAGUCUCUUUUAUGAAGCACAAUCAAAGCGUCUCCAGUCGAUUAUAUAGGGGAGCGUUCACAUUUAAGGUGAGAUCGUGAGCGCUGCAGAAUGACUUCGCUUCGAUUGUCGUCGACGCUCUACACAUCGUGGUACACAUUGUUAGGCCAGCACUUGAAAAUUUUGUCGGCAAGAGUAGUCACCAACUUGCAGUAAAUGACACAUCUUCUAGGUGAAUCUUUAAAAUGAUUUUUCUCUCGCGUUUGAGUUUGUGAGUGCCAUUGGCGAGAAGCUGACUGAGUCGAAAAUCUUGCUCAAGUCAUCUGGAGGUCUCGAAUCAAUACGUAAUUCUUAUUCUGGGAGCGUCACCAUCUGCAAGUCUCCGGACUUGUGGUGGUCAUGUCGAUUUUACAGUCGCCAACUGAAUGGGGACCGGUUGGAGCGGUGGCCAAAGUGGAGCAGCUACCUCCUGCAAAUUCGAGGAGCAGCGAAGCGAGUCGAUCUGAUGACGGUUCCUCUGCUGCUCACCCAUCAAAAUCGGGAACACCUAAAACCUCGACUGGUGUGAUUAUUGGUGGCAUUUCGCUGACUGAUGAUGGCGCAACCAAAAAGAAGCGGGGUCCGAAGUUCCUCGUGAAGCAGUUCGGAAUGAUCACUAAACCUGCCAAUGCAAGUCCCCGGCGAAACUUUAAACUUCUAGGUCAAGACUACGUAGUUCCGAUUCCAGGAUCUAGGGCUGUGGCCAGUACUAAUGAUUCGGUGUCUGUAGACGCAGAUCUAAAGGUUGAUAAUCGGGAUGGAAAUGCUAAUGCAGAGCCUUCCAAUAACUCUGUGAUUACACGCACAGAGCCAGUACUGGAACAGCAGGGGAAUGUAACGGAAGAGCCGCCUAUGGAGUUUGUAGGAGUAUCUACGGACUUCAAAAUAGAUAAGCCCGGGGUUGUGAAGGAACAGCACCGGAAUGUGGCAAGGCCGCCUAUUGAGUUCGUAACUGUACCUGUAGAUUUUAAACAGGAGAAGCGGGGAGUUGUUGAUAGACCGCCUAUCGAGUUCGUCACCAUGCCCGUAGAUUUUAAGAAAGGGAACCGCAGGGUUGUUCGAGAAGACCGACCUGUAGAUUUUGUGCCGAGGUGCUCACCGCGAGUUGGACCGCAUGUGAGACUCGAUUCAAUGUUACGGAAUCACUCGUCAGAAGAAAGUUCGCCGUCAGUCUCAGGGAGAUUAUCCUACAGCCAAGUAGACAGUCCUCGUUCACAAAGGUCUGUCUUGUCAAUUCCUGAGACAAUCAUGUCUAGCAUCGAACAUGAAGUGUACAGUGAAGAUAAUUUGAAGCCACACUCCAGGACUAGUCUUUCAAGCCUAGCCGAGUGGUCCAGCCAUUCUCUUGAAAGACGAGGAGAACUGAGCAUCGCUGGGUUGUCUAUAGGGGAAGGAAGAAAUAUCGCUGGAAUUUCUCGUCGCACAGAUGUCACGAGUGCUCAAUCGCCUAAUCGGUCGGACACCCAAGCACUUGACUACGGUCCAGGGUCGUAUGCAUCACGGCGGUCGUCUUGUAGUCUAUCAGAGGAAUGGGCGUCAGAAGUUGAAGACUCGGAUGGCUUGUCACACCACGAGCGUAGGACUAAACAUCGGAAUGCUGCGAGUUUGUCCAGCUACUCCUAUUCCGGAUCCCGGUAUUCUGCUUCAACUUCUGAUGGGAAUAGAGGCAAUGGAGGAUACUAUAAUCGCAAACGAAAUGAUUCCAGCUUAACCAAUUCCACUUUCUCAAGUCGUGGCGCGCCCAAAAAGCGCGAUGGGAACUCCACAUCUGGGUCUAAGCUGGCGGUGCAAUUUGGAAAACACGGAAACAGGAAGGACCGAGUUGGGAGUCAAGGCCAAUUCAGGACCAGCGACGACACGGCUAUACCGCUGGAUUCAAUCUCGCCUCAGGAAGCCAUUGCGGUGUUCCACGACGAGGUGGCCCAAAUGAUGUUUGAAGAAGGUCUAGAUUGCUGUGAAGCGAAUGACGUCGAGGAGUUUCUUGAUGGAUACAUGCGGCUACGGUCGCCCUUUUAUCUAUCCAUGGUAGACGAUUUCUUUAGAGCUGUGUGCGUAGAUUGUUAUAAACGACCAGUGGAUCUCCCUGUUGAAAGCACACCUCCCAGUCUUAACAGGUUGGGAUCAUCCAUUACAAGCUCCAAAUCUACGAGGUCGGAAUCGCAAGCUCACAACCUCAACUUAGCCUAAUCCGAUUCUGAGUCUAUCAGCAGCCAUUGAGGUUGAACAUCACAACCAGAUCAUUAGAAAAUUUGUUUCCCGAAUUUCGAGAUUCAACAACAAACUGCCUGAGCACACCAUUUCCUCGUCUUUCAUGUCGACCGUUUCUGGAUUUGAUCCAGCUUUUGACCUUAAGGAUUGUUGCGCCGUGCUUCACUGCGCAGUUCGGAGAUCAGCGUGGCCUCGCAGGGUACGAAAACCGUUAGUAGUUUAGGGGAAGAGUUUCUAUGCAGUUUUGAUGUGGUCUGACUAUUUGUUCUCCAUUACUUGAUCUAUACAAAGAUUUCAUUAUGAAGGUUA